AUGAGGGAUUUACAGAUCAGGAAACUCUGUCUAAAUAUUAGCGUUGGAGAGAGUGGUGACAGAUUGACCCGUGCUGCUAAAGUUCUGGAACAGCUUACAGGGCAACAGCCUGUUUUCUCUAAAGGUAGAAAUUAAGAGAAUCAUUAGUGUUUUAUCUGUUAUUGAGAAAGCAAGAAGUUGGUUCAAAAUACAAUGCAUAGAGCUCGCUUAGCCUAAGAAAACAGCUGAAAUUUGGCGAUGUCACCAACUGUUUCCCCACAAAAUGAUGUCUGAGAAACAAGCACAGCUGAGAAACGAGCACAGAAAUUCCAUACUGAUGGCGUGUCACUACCCAGAUCUGGGUGGUGCUUCUGUUUGGUUGAAGCAAUUUUCGUGAGCGGCACGACCAAGCAGAAGCACUUCUUAGAUCUGGGUAAUGACGCUUCAUUAGUGUGGAAUUUCUCAGACGUCAUUUCGCGGGGAAUUCAGUAGUGGUGUCGCGAAAUGCUGGCUGUUUUCUCAGGCUAAGACCACCUUUGAUACCUCAGGGACAAGUAAAACCACAGUUGGUCCUAGCAUGGUAUAACUGACCGGUUCUUUGGAUGAUGAUGAUGAUGAUGAUGAUAUAGUAAUAGCAAUAAUAAUAAUAACAAUAAUAAUAAUGUUAAACUGUUUUAAUAACAAUAAUCAUUUUAAUAAUAAGAAGAAUGAAUGAUGCACGUGUCAUCAGCUUCCCCCAGGGGUAGGACCCCAUGGGAGAAUACAAGGAGGAAUUCUCUGUCCUUAGGGAGGGGAAAAUUUGUUGCUUUCCAUUAUCUUGAAAGGAAAGGGGUGAGGGAAUUCAGAUUUUUAUAACAUCAUAGACAGCAACCCUUCUCUAGCCUGUAACUAUUGAGAAUAUUAAUGUGAGCAUUUUUAUAUGGAGUGGAGAUCAGGGGCAUUUUUCAGUGAGAAGCACUUGACCGAGGAAAUUUGUUUUGUUAGCCAGUUUGGUAACCUGUAUUUAGCAGUCAUGUGCCAAGUAACAUAUAGUGUUUUUAUUAGAAAGUCUUAAUGGUCUUUCCAAAGUAUUAGAGUGGAAAAUGUUUUUAAGGCAGCCCUCUUGUUUAUUCCAAACCCUCCAUGUUAUAUUGCAUUCUGGUGACCAAUGGUUUAUUUCUUGGAUUCAUUUUAACAAAAAGGGAAAAAAAGUUUAAUUCAGAGCUCUAAAGGUUUUUACAAAUGUUAAAACUUAGGCAUAGUGAAUGGUUACCUAUGAAAUGUAAACUAAUCUUAAAUUGAAGAAUCAUUCUGUGUGUUUCUUCCCAUCUCGCAAAAUUUUUCCUGCAAAGUCUCAGAUUUUUAUAACCAUCCUCUCAGCCUCAAGCUAGUGAGUAUUCUGUUAAGAGAAACUUUUUUACCCUUUAGCUCGUUAUACCGUGAGGUCUUUUGGAAUUCGAAGAAAUGAGAAGAUCUCAGUUCAUUGUACUGUACGAGGUCCAAAGGCAGAAGAAAUCUUGGAGAAGGGCUUGAAAGUGCGGGAAUAUGAGUUAAACAAAGGAAACUUCUCUGCUACAGGUUUACUGUAUUUACAUUAUUUUUUACUUUUACCUGCGUUGAAAGCGGGGCUUUGGUAGUGAUAUUAAAAAGCUUAAGGAACAACAACGCUGACAGCUACGAAAAAUUAGGGCUGCUUCAGUCAACUUCAACGUGCUCAUUCCAUCUUGUUCAAUUUGUCAAAUGUUGGCAAUUUUUUUCUGGAGUUGAAUUCCAAAAGACUGUGUCAAAGUUCAAGAAAAGAAAAAGAAAGUCUUGUCUUGUGUUCAUGUCCUCCACAAAAUGUGAAAUAAGGAAUUUUUGUGUGGUAGUUCUGCAAUGACAGCAAAGAAAUAACAAAAAGGGUGAUGCACGUCCAAUUUUGUUGUUUUGCCAAUCUAUUGUGCCUAUUGCUUUUUUACCCUUCUUGCUGACGUUGCCGUAGUUGAUGCUUAAGCAUCCUAUUAUCUGUGACUUUUGCCGAUUUCUUCACAAGCUUUCUCUUACCAUGUUGAAAUAAUGUUCAUUCAUUCCACAUGUGGUUUUUGGCUCACAAUAAUACUGAUAACAAAAUCUUUUCUGAAAAUGAAGAAAUGAUCAUCACAGUGAACGCAAUUUAUGCAAUUGCGUAAAGAAGCCUGCAGAAAAUUCAGGCCUUCAACGGGGUUUAAACCCGUGAACUCACUAUUACUGGUGCGAUGCUCUCCCUUGAAAUCCUGAAUUUCUUUCAGGCUUCUUUACGCAAUUGCAUAAAAUUGCGUUCACUGCGAUGAUCAUUUCUUCAUUUUCAUUUCAUUUCCGCAGUUCAUAUACGAUUUAUUUCAUAUAUCAUUAACACUCAUUUCUUUCAUGGGAACAUAUAAACCCACAAUUGACCUGCUUCCAGUGUCAGUGGCUUCAUAGCUCAGUUGGCAGAGCAUCGCACCAGUAAUCGCGAGGUCACGAAAUCAAACCCCGUUGAAGUCCAGAAUUUUUUUCAGGCUUCUUUACGCAAUUGCAUAAAUUGUGUUCACUGCGACGAUCAUUUCGUUAUUUUCAUUUCAUUUCCGCAGUUCAUAUAUGAUUUAUUUCAUAUAUCAUUAACAAAAUCUUUUUGUCGCUGAUCUGCUUCAGGAAACUUUGGCUUUGGAAUCCAGGAGCAUAUUGAUCUAGGAAUAAAGUAUGACCCAACCAUUGGUAUUUAUGGCAUGGAUUUCUAUGUGGUCCUUGGUCGUCCUGGAUUCAACGUGGCAAAGAGAAAAAGAGCCAAGGCUCACGUGGGAUUUCCACACAGGAUUACCAAGGAAGAGUCCAUGAAGUGGUUCCAGCAGAAGGUAUGAGUAAAGCUCUGAAUAAUUUAUACCUUUUGUGGGGUGUGACUGUGGUAUGUGUUAAUCUCAUAGAAGUUUACAAUAAACAAUAGAAACGGUAGAGACUUGGUAAAUUUUAUGCAAAAGUAAGGUGUGUAAUCUCCAGCACUUUGUUAAAUAAUCAAUUACGAUGUUGGUUAAAAGUAAAAAGGCUUAAAGGCUUGUUUACAGUGGAAAGUGCACUUAGCUUAUCCAGCUAGUUUACUGGCUUUCCACUCAACUACUUGGAAACAAAUAAUUCAAAUACAACAUAACAGGAUUAAAAACCCCAACUGGCAGGGGGCAACCAGUUGGCUAUUUACAAGCAUGGCCGAGGAUUUGAACUCAGGAUGACCGAGAACAAAUCCAGCAAGUUGCCUGAACGGGACUCAACCCGGUACCACCGGAUUGCGAGUCGUACGCAUUGACCACUUGGCCACUCUGCCUCCUAAGUAAUGAAGCCUGCGUGGCAGGCAUUGAAAGGGCUGGACAAUCCCACUUUUCUCCUCCCCCACCCUCCCCUUUUUUUGUGCCUACCACACCGGCUAAAAUCAUGAGAAAGUUUUUGUUCAGGGAUCCUGUGUGGCUUUUCUCUUCAAGUCUCCUUGUUAUAUGUCAGUUAACCCUUUAAGUCCCAAUAUCAACAUACAAAUUCUCCAAACUGAUCUCCAUACAUUUCCUUUAAGAAUCAGUUGAGAGAAUUUAAUAACAGAUCAAGGUUUUUUCUCUUUGGUGAUCAUUUGUUAAUUCUCAUAACUGUAUCUCUUGACAAUUACUGGAUAUUGUUAGGAGAAAAUUGAUGCUGGUCACUAUCGGGGCUUAAAGGGUUAACUAGUUGCCUGACAUAGUUCAGAUUUAGACUUGAUAUAACAAUGAUGUGAGGCUACUCGGUUAAAAUUUUCAUCGCUCAAGGGCGAUAAAUUAAUGGCUUUUGUUCCCUUUAUUUUGUUUUUCUUUCAGUACGAUGGAAUCCUCCUUAAUCCCAAGAAACAUUAA